UUGCAACAAAAAAAGCAUGUUUGUGCUACACUGUGUCCAAUGAUAUCUGCCACCAGGGGGACUCGACCCGCGCUGAACUUACUUCCCAAAUUCCAACGAGAACCUGGAGCAGAGUCAGAGGUCCGCCUAAAAAACCAAAUCAUUUGCAGACUACGCUUUUUCCCACUCACUUCCGUAGGUCGGGUCUAUUUGGUGUAAGCGAAUACCGUGAGUGUUGGAAAGAUUAAUUUAUGUGAAAACCUCAAAUAUAGAAACCAAACUAAAAGUCAAAGCAUUGUUUAUAUUGACUUUAAGACGGUUACCGCUCCGUGACAAAGAAACUCCAUCCCGUCCCGUUCCAAGGUCUCUCUGAUGACUGUUAUCUUGGCCUAAUGUCUGUCCGAGUGCCAUCCAUGAGUGUGCUGCCUCCAGUUCGAAGGGACCGCAUCAUUGCCCAGCUUCCUCAGUGUUACAGUAAGAAGGCUGCUGUGCACACUAAAGAUGAGUUCAACUCCAAAGUGAAGACUGCCUGCCAGGAGCAACGCACUGGCACAGUAGGUAGGUUUAAAAUUGCCAAGGUCAUAGUGGUUGGUGACCUGGCUGUGGGAAAAACCUGUCUGAUUAAUAGGUUUUGCAAGGAUGCAUUUGACAAGAACUACAAGGCAACCAUUGGUGUUGACUUUGAGAUGGAGCGGUUUGAAGUGUUGGGGGUGCCUUUCAGUUUACAGUUGUGGGACACUGCGGGGCAGGAGAGGUUCAAGUGUAUUGCCUCCACAUACUACAGGGGUGCUCAGACUAUUGUUAUUGUGUUCGAUGUAAAUGAUGUGGCAUCUUUGGGCCAUGCAAGGCAGUGGCUUGAAGAUGCCUUGAAGGAGAAUGAUCCUACCAAUGUCCAGCUUUUCCUGGUGGGCACAAAGAAAGACCUGAGUUCUCCUGCUCAGUACUCUCAGAUUGAACAGGAUGCCAUCAAACUGGCUGAGGAAAUCAAAGCAGAGUAUUGGGCCUUGUCAUCAUUGACAGGGGAAAAUGUGAGGGAGUUUUUCUUCCGUGUUGCAUCAUUGGCAUUUGAGGCCAACGUUCUGGCAGAGCUAGAGAAGAGUGGUUCAAGGCACAUUGGGGACGUUAUCAAAAUUAACAGUAAUUCAAACAACGUGUAUGCAACAUCAAAGAAGAAACAGUCAAACUGUUGUCAAUGAAGACAAGCACAUGACUACUACAGUAAAAAAGUACCAAAGCAAAAAGCAUAAUUUCCUCAGAAGAGAAACUGAGAACCCAUGACCACUCCCAGAGACAUGGAAUUUGAAGUGAGAGCUAGCAGGCAGGACAGAGACUUUUUUGCCUUCACAGAGAUUUGAUUUUCAUUUCUGCUGGCCCGGAAAGAACAGCUCCUUGGUUGGAUGUGGAUUCCUGUGGUGCCUGGCUUAUUUUUGGCUAUCUAGAGUUUCGGAAUAGAAUUUCCUCUGUGUCAUUGCACUCCAUACUGUACAACUCCAGUUCUUGAGCAUUGACAGAAAUGGUUAUCGCGGUACUGCUUAAAUGGCUAUGGAGUAUGGACAAUCAUGGAUGUCUUCAAAUACCCAAUAUGGAUAUUUUUAAGACACUCUAGCAUUAGACCUAUUUGAUUUUUUACAGUGUUGUUUUGUAUAGUGUUUGCAUGCUACAUGUUUGUAACUUUAGCAUAGAUGGAAACUCAUGACUUCAUCCUGGGAGGUUAUAUUAUGCUAGCUAAGGAGCAUGAUUACAUUGUUUAGAUAGUCCUAUUUUUAACAGCACAGCGGCAUUCAUACCGUAUGAGAGAUGUGUAUUAGUCAGAUGUACCUUGUCUACGAUAGAUACAAUAACAUAACUGAGAAUUAUUCAUUUUUAAUGAUGUGCGAUAUUUGAAUGACUGAUCUUAUGUUAUCCCUCUAGUUGCAUACCAUAAUCAGAGUGAAAAGUGCAUACAUGUCUAGUUGUCCUUUUAGACAAUAAAGAUUAUUUAAGUA